AUGGCUCCUUGCCGCGCUCGCUGGCGCGGGGCUCGCUGGCGCCGGGCUCGCUGGCGCGGGCUGGGCUGCCUUGCGCCGCUCGCUGGCGCGCGGGCUCGCUUGCCGCGGCUGGCUGCCUUGCGCGGGCUCGCUGGCGCGCGGGCUCGCUGCGCGCGGGCUCGCUGGCGCGCGGGCUGGCUGCCUUGCGCGGGCUCGCUGCGCGCGGGCUCGCUGGCGCGCGGCUGCUGGCGCUCGGGCUGGGCUGCCUUGCGCGCGCUCUCUGGCGCGCGUGCUCGCUGGCGCGCGGGCUGGCUGCCUUUCGUGGCUCGCUGGCGCGCGGCUGUGUGCGCUCGGGCUGGGCUUGCCUUGCGCCGCUCGCUGGCGCGCGGGCUCGCUGGCGCUCGGGCUGGGGGGCGCGCGGGCUGGUGGGCCGCGGUGCGCUGGUGGCGCGGGCUCGGUGGCGCGCGGGCUCGCCGCGCGCGCGCGCGUCCGCGCGCGCGCGCGCGCGCGCGCGCGCGCGUCCGCGCGCGCGCGCGCGCGCGCGCGCUCGCGCGCGCGCUCUCGCGCUCUCGCGCGCGCGCGCGCCGCGCUCGGCUCGCGCGCGCGCGCUCCUCGCUCGCGCGCGCUCGCUCGCGCGCGCGCGCUCCCUCUCGCGCUCUCCGCGCUCUCUCUCUCUCUCUCUCGCUCUCUCGCUCGCUCUCUCUCUUCUCUCUCGCUCUCUCGCGCUCUCCUCUCUCUCUCUCGAACAUCACGCGGAACAGCGCGAGAUAACUAAAUGCUGCCCAGACAGAGAUUAAAUAAAGAGGAGACAGACAGAGAGCUAAAUAAAGAGAGCGACAGGGGACAGAAGAAGAUAAAUAAAGAGGAGACAGACAGAGAGAUAAAUAAAGAGGAGACAGACAGAGAGAUAAAUAAAGAGGAGACAGACAGAGAGAUAAAUAAAGAGGAGACAGACAGAGAGAGAAGGUGAAGGCCAGAUUUGAAUUAAUUGAAUUCUUCAUUGAUCUCGUCCAGCCCCUGAGCUAUAAAUUGCCCCUUAGUUACAGGUUGAGUCGAUAGGUAAUUAGUGGGUGAUGUAUCGUAAAGGCUAAUACACACAGUGCCUGUGGCCCAGGAGGCUUCUGAUAGCAGAGCUUCUAUUCUCUACACCAGAUGUACUGGGACACAUAAUAUUACACCAGACCUCUUCUACCACUGAGUAUAAGGCUACACCAAGGUUAUAGACAAAAGGAGUUCUGAUCCCAUUUGUUACUACCACACCAGUGCUGCUAAUGAGUGUUUUAAUGAGGUAUAGAGCUUAUUCACGCCAUGACCAUGAUCAUUUAAAAUCCAGGCUAGCGUGGCAGUAUUGAAGUACUCCAUUGAGUCUAUGGAAAUAUUUUAACACUUUCACGUUCAACCUUUUAAAUUAACAGACAAUUAAUAAACCGACCAACUGAAAAUACGUGUAUCUGCAGAAGUAGUUUAGUAUUCAAACUUUGUUUUCCAGGUUUUUUUUCUCCAAAUGUUUUGCCUUUUUAAAUAAUUCCGUCAGAUGCCAGCUAGUUCCAAUGUAACAUGAGUUAGCAGCCAGCUAUACUGUGUAUAUUUGUAUGAGUUUGGUCGGCACUCUGACAGCUCUGAAUCCCUUUUAUCUCCUAGACUCUGUCACUGUGUUUGUUGUUUUUAUCACGCUGUGCAUCAGUACAUGCCAUGUUUAUGAUGCAUUCUGUGGAACUGUAGUAAUAUAGACUGGAUGAAGUUCUACAUAAGCCAUUUGCUAGUUCUCUAAUGUUGGAGAUAUUUCAAUAGGCAGUCUCGGAAAAUACCCUUGCUAGAUAGCUAACGGCUUGCUAUCUGAGGAAGAUACAGCUAAUUGGAGGCCAGCUCUUUCUCGUUAUUGUAAAUGCAGCCCACCGUUUCUAUUUUUCUGUCGAUGCCGAUGAGACUAAUCAGAGUUAUAUUUGUGUUUCUCUUUCUCUCUCUUCCUCAGGUGGGGAGUCCCACCUCCGUCAACGCCCCCUGCAGCUUUUCACGGACAUCGGUCACCCCCUCCAACCAGGACAUCUGCAGGUACUAUACACACACCUUUAAACAAUAACCUUUGAACUCUAACCCCUGACCUUUAACCUUCCAACCAUGACAUCUGCUGGUGUACAUCCUUCAAAUGCUUUGGGCUGCUGAGGGCAAUGCUUGGCUCUGGAUCUUAGCAGUCCCGUGGUUAGUUGAUUGUAUUUAGGGUGAAAGCAAGGUGCCAGAUUUUGUUGCCUUACAACCUGGAAUUAAAAUAGAUUUUUGGGGGGUUUGUAUCAUUUGAUUUACACAACAUGCCUACCACUUUGAAGAUGCAAAAUAUUUGUUAUUGUGAAACAAACAAGAAAUAAGACAAAAACACUGAAAACUUGAGCGUGCAUAACUAUUCACCCCCCCAAAGUCAAUACUUUGUAGAGCCACCUUUUGUAGCAAUUAGAGCUGCAAGUCUCUUGGGGUAUGUCUCUAUAAGCUUGGCACAUCUAGCCACUGGAAUUUCUGCCCAUUCUUCAAGACAAAACUGCUCCAGCUCCUUCAAGUUGGAUGGGUUCCACUGGUGUACAGCAAUCUUUGUCAUACCACAGAUUCUCAAUUGGAUUGAGGUCUGGGCUUUGACUAGGCCAUUCCAAGACAUUUAAUUGUUUCUCCUUAAACCACUUGAGUGAAUGGAUUUAAUGGUGCUCCGUGGGAUGUUCAAAGUUUGGGAUAUUGUUUUAUACCCCAACCCUGAUCUGUACUUCUCCACAACCUAGUCCCUGACAUGUUUGGAGAGCUCCUUGGUCUUCAUGGUGCCGCUUGCUUGGUGGUGCCCCUUGCUUAGUGGUGUUGCAGACUCUGGGGCCUUUCAGAACAGGUGUAUAUAUACUGAGAUCAUGUGACAGAUCAUGUGACACUUAGAUUGCACACAGGUGGACUUUAUUUAAUUAAUUAUGUGACUUCUGAAGGUAAUUGGUUGCACCAGAUCUUAUUUAGGAUCUUCAUAGCAAAGGGGGUGAAUACAUACAGUGAGGGGAAAAAAGUAUUUGAUCCCUUGCUGAUUUUGUAUGUUUGCCCACUGACAAAGAAAUGAUCAGUCUAUAAUUUUAAUGGUAGGUUUAUUUGAACAGUGAGAGACAGAAUAACAACAAAAUAAUCCAGAAAAACACAUGUCAAAAAUGUUAUAAAUUGAUUUGCAUUUUAAUGAGGGAAAUAAGUAUUUAACCCCCUCUCAAUCACAAAGAUUUCUGGCUCCCAGGUGUCUUUUAUACAGGUAACGAGCUAAGAUUAGACGCACACUCUUAAAGGGAGUGCUCCUAAUCUCAGCUUGUUACCUGUAUAAAAAACACCUGUCCACAGAAGCAAUCAAUCAAUCAGAUUCCAAACACUCCACCAUGGCCAAGACCAAAGAGCUCUCCAAGGAUGUCAGGGACAAGAUUGUAGACCUACACAAGGCUGGAAUGGGCUACAAGACCAUCGCCAAGCAGCUUGGUGAGAAGGUGACAACAGUUGGUGGGAUUAUUCGCAAAUGGAAGAAACACAAAAGAUCUGUCAAUCUCCCUCGGCCUGGGGCUCCAUGCAAGAUCUCACCUUGUGGAGUUGCAAUGAUCAUGAGAACGGUGAGGAAUCAGCCCAGAAUAAUAAAUAAUAAUAAUAUGCCAUUUAGCAGACGCUUUUAUCCAAAGCGACUUAGUCAUGCGUGCAUACAUUUUUGUGUAUGGGUGGUCCCGGGGAUCGAACCCACUACCCUGGCAUUACAAGCGCGAUGCUCUACCAGCUGAGCUACAGAGGACCACACAGAACUACACGGGAGGAUCUUGUCAAUGAUCUCAAGGCAGCUCGGACCAUAUUCAAAAAGAAAACAAUUGGUAACACACUAUGCCGUGAAGGACUGAAAUCCUGCAGCGCCCGCAAGGUCCCCCUGCUCAAGAAAGCACAUAUACAGGGCCAUCUGAAGUUUGCCAAUGAACAUCUGAAUGAUUCAGAGGAGAACUGGGUGAAAGUGUUGUGGUCAGAUGAGACCAAAAUCGACCUCUUUGGCAUCAACUCAACUCGCCGUGUUUGGAGGAGGAGGAAUGCUGCCUAUGACCCCAAGAACACCAUCCCCAUCGUCAAACAUGGAGGUGGAAAUAUUUUUUUCAGUUUUUCUGCUAAGGGGACAGGACAACUUCACCGCAUCAAAGGGACGAUGGACGGGGCCAUGUACUGUCAAAUCUUGGGUGAGAACCUCCUUCCCUCAGCCAGGGCAUUGAAAAUGGGUCGUGGAUGGGUAUUCCAGCAUGACAAUGACCCAAAACACUCGGCCAAGGCAACAAAGGAGUGGCUCAAGAAGAAGCACAUUAAGGUCCUGGAGUGGCCUAGUCAGUCUCCAGACCUUAAUCCCAUAGAAAAUCUGUGAAGGGAGCUGAAGGUUCGAGUUGCCAAACGUCAGCCUCGAAACCUUAAUGACUUGGAGAAGAUCUGCAAAGAGGAGUGGAACAAAAUCCCUCCUGAGAUGUGUGCAAACCUGGUGGCCAACUACAAGAAACGUCUGACCUCUGUGAUUUCCAACAAGGGUUUUGCCACCAAGUCAUGUUUUGCAGAGGGGUCAAAUACAUAUUUCCCUCAUUAAAAUGCAAAUCAAUUUAUAAAAUUUUUAACAUGCGUUUUUCUGGAUUUUAUUGUUGUUAUUCUGUCUCUCACUGUUCAAAUAAACCUACCAUUAAAAUUAUAGACUGAUCAUGUCUUUGUCAGUGGGCAAACAUACAAAAUCAGCAGAGGAUCAAAUACUUUUUUCCCUCACUGUAUGCACGCACCACUUUUCCGUUAUUUAUUUUUUAGCAUUUUUUGAAACAAGUUAUUUUUUGAAUUUCACAUCACCAAUUUUGACUAUUUUGUGUAUGUCCAUUACAUGAAAUCCAAAUAAAAAUGCAUUUAAAUUACAGGUUGUAAUGCAACAAAUUAGGAAAAUCACCAAGGGGGAUGAAUAUCUUUGCAAGGCACUGUAGAUGGGAGCUAGAGUUGGCAGUGAGGAGUACUACACUGUACUGAAGAAUUUUCCCUUAGUGUCCAGAAAUUGUGUUCUGCUUUAUGCCAACCCCUUUGUGCAAGGUCAGGGAGUUUCCCUGUUUUAACUCUCCAUCCUUUCCUUAAUCUGUUUUCUUUGUUUUGUUUGAAUGCAUGCUGGCCUUUCAUUUAGUUUCAUUUCAUUUAUCUUUUUUCUACCCAUCUCUCCUCCUUCCUGCUUGUCUCUCCUCUCCUUCUCUCUCCUGUACCGGUUUUCCGCUAUCGUCUGCCCGUCCAUCCCUUCCUUUCUCCACUCCUCCAACCUCCAUCCUUCCGCUCCCUCACACACAGCCUUACCGCCACAUCUCCAGACCAGGGCUCCCAGAAGCCUUUGCAGACCGCCGUGGUUCUGAUGAACUCCAACGGCAAAACCUCUCAGGGGUCAGGAGGGGGCAUCUCCGUGACAACACUCUGCCUGGACGCCCCCCCAGCCUUCAAGCCCCACAAAGGCCGGGGCGGGCUCUCCUUCGGGACAGAAUGGCUCUCGUUGCUCCGCCCCUCCACCGUCAACGGGACACUGAAGUUCUCUCACUCUCUGAACGAUGUGGGCCAGCACAUGGACAGCCUCUGUAGCGGACUGCACUUCAUAGACCGGACCUGUUCUGAAGGAGAGCUGGAUGUAAAACCUAAACAACCCAACACGGACCAGAAGUCCAAGACGCUCAACGGCAAAGCAGCCACACUCCCACACCAGGCCUCGAACCAUCCUCCCUUCCCCACGCACACACUCACCCACACACACCCUCACCUCGUUCCCUCGUUCACCAACAACUACAAAUACCUCACCCACGAACACUGCCUCCAACCUUAUUCUUCUGGCGUCCCUCCUCCUCCUCCUCCACCUCCUAACUCCCACCUCCACCCGCCCAGCUCCAAACUCCUCCGCCUCUUGCUCCCCUUCUCUCGCUCCUCUACCUCGGCCAGUCUGCAGUGUUCUGAGCUGGGUAGCUACGCCUCCCGCCUCCACAUCACCAAAUCCUCCAGCGCCCUGAUGGGAGGCAGUGAGCCUCCACUGGGGGGAACAGAGGGCCUCCUGGGGGAUGACGAGGUGUUUGAGAUCCCCCAGGGAAGGACCGGAACUUGGACAGGGGCUGGAGCCCCAGGAAGUGGUGCCGGAUGCGGGGAAGCGGGUCUGCUCGGGGCAGCCCCCCUUUGCUACAUGGACGAAGACAGCGAUCUGGACCGUUUUUCGUUUCUGGACCGGUGUUCGUCACCUGCCCACUCUGACAAAACGGGGCCGCACACGCCAGGCCCGCUCUCGCCCUAUUCGCUGUCCGGAGACUGCUGCAGGUGGGUGAUUCCUGGAUUGUGACCCCCCCCUGUGCCGUGAAGUGGUAGACUCCUCCUGCUCACCCCCGUGCUGUGACGUGGUAUAGCCCCAUAGAAUUCCAUGGCUGGAUCCUGCCUACGCCUCCUGUGACGUGACGUGGUAGAGCCCUGCCCAUCCCUCCUGUGAAGUGGUAGUGACUGUGCGAUCAGGGACUAGCUCGAUCAGGGACUAGCUCGAACGGUCAGUCACACUGUGGUCUACUCUCCAAUUAUGCUUGCGUGGGUGUGUUAUAUUUUUCAAAUUGGAAAAUAGGAUUUCAAUAAUUAGCUCGCUGGUUAUCCACAGAGACAGCAGGCGGCGGGGAGAGAAGAGACACAGACAGAGGAGAGAGAAAGAGAAAAAGAAAAAGAAAAGGAGAGAGGGAGCAAGUGCUUUUGGAUGAAGGUGUUCUGACUUGUCACUCCUCCUCUGUACCAGUGGAGGCUCCUCAGAGGAGGAAGGGGAGAACCAUCCUCCUCAGUGAAUUUAAUAAAUAUAGUGAAACAUUAAGUUAUCCUUUUUAGAUAACACUAUAAUAAGUAUAUUCACUUCACCAAAUAAUUGAUUAAAACACACUGUUUUGCAAUGAAGAUCUACAAUAGCCUCAACAGCACUCAGUAGGGUAGUACCAUGGUGAAGCCAGAGGUCAGCUAGUUUUAGUCCUCCUCUGGGUACAUUGACUUCAAUACAAGACAUAGGAGGCUCAUGGUUCUCACCCCCUUCCAUUACACAGUAAUUAUGACAACUUCCAGAGGACGUCCCUCAAUCUAUCAGAUCUCUUGCAGCAUUAACUGACAUGUUGUCCACCCAAUCAAAGGAUCAGAGAAUGAAUCUAGUACUGAAAGCAUAAGCUACAGCUAGCUAGCACUGCAGUGCAUAAAAUGUGGUGAGUAGUUGACUCAAAGAGAGAGAAAGACAAUAGUUGAACAGUUUUGAACAAGUUAAUAUUUUUUAACUUUCACUUUCACUUAGCUAACGAAUGCAGCCAGCUAGUUCAGCCUACUCAAACACCCGGCUCAAACAGUGAGGGAUGCUAUGUUAGCUAGCUGGCUAUGGCUAUCCAACACUAGAACUUUUCCGGGGCCCGCCGGUGUAACUGCUAAACUGCUUGCUGACUGUACACCGUACUGCAUGAUUGUAGCGGGUUUACUAACGCAUUAGUUCUAGUAGCUAUGUUGACGUGAGCUAAUAUGGUGACAACGAUGUAGGCUGUGUGUAGCGGUUAUGAUAUGAAGGUUUGGUUUGGAAAGGUUUUUUCACUUGGUCACAGACAACUGAUGUGUUGUGCACUGAAGUCCACAAGUGAAGGGAAAAGGUGAGAGGAGGAAUUAUAGAAAAAGCAAAAAUGAUCAUGCUGUUUGUAUGAGGCUGCUAUGAAAGUGAACUGUAUUUGCGUGUGAUCAGGGGUGUAUUCGUUCCACUGAAUUUGUUGAAAGACCUUUCUUAAACGGAAGAAAACUGAACGAAACUGGGAUAAACAUACCUGGAUUUGUCCAAUAGAAACUCUCAUUUGCAACUGUUGGACUUCUGAUUACAGCCAAGAUCAGAUGCAGGUGGUAUUGAAUGUGUCACUGUCUGUCACCUUGAUUACUCCAAUUUUUAUCUUGACCUGUGCACCUACGUUGUAAACGUUCAUUCAUAGGCUAAGUUAGGUUGUAGGAACCUCAUGAUGGAUAUAGGGAAGACUUUGUAUCAUGUAGUUUGAAGUUUGAAUUUAUUUGUUCUUGGGAGUACAGGAGGGGACUGAGCACGCACCCCUGAGGGGCCCCUGUGUUGAGGAUCAGCGUGGCAGACAUGUUGUUACCUACCCUUACCACCUGGGGGCAGCCCGUCAGGAAGUCCAGGAUCCAGUUGCAGAGGGAGGUGUUUAGUCCCAGGGUCCUUAGCUUAGUGAUGAGCUUUGAGGGCACUAUGGUGUUGAACGCUGAGCUGUAGUCAAUGAAUAGCAUUCUCACGUAGGUGUUCCUCUUGUCCAGGUGGGAAAGGGCAGUGUGGAGUGCAAUAGAGAUUGCAUCAUCUGUGGAUCUGUUGGGGCGGUAUGCAAAUUGGAGUGGGUCUAGGGUUUCUGGGAUAAUGGUGUUGAUGUGAGCCAUGACCAGCCUUUCAAUGCACUUCAUGGCUACAGACGUGAGUGCUAUGGGUCGGUAGUCAUUUAGGCAGGUUAUCUUAGUGUCCUUGGGCACAGGGACUAUGGUGGUCUGCUUGAAACAUGUUGGUAUUACAGACUCAGUCAGGGACAUGUUGAAAAUGUCAGUGAAGACACUUGCCAGUUGGUCAGCACAUGCUCGGAGUACACGUCCUGGUAAUCCGUCUGGCCCUGCGGCCUUGUGAAUGUUGACCUGCUUAAAAGUCUUACUCAAAUGGGCUACGGAGAGCGUGAUCACAUAGUCAUCCGGAACAGCUGAUGCUCUCAUGCAUGCUUCAGUGUUGCUUGCCUCGAAGCGAGCAUAGAAGUGAUUUAGCUCGUCUGGUAGGCUUGUGUCACUGGGCAGUUCGCGGCUGUGCUUCCCUUUGUAGUCUGUAAUAGUUUUCAAGCCCUGCCACAUCCGACGAGCGUCAGAGCUGGUGUAGUACAAUCCAAUCUUAGUCCUGUAUUGACUCUUUGCCUGUUUGAUGGUUCGUCGGAGGGCAUAGCGGGAUUUCUUAUAAGCUUCCGGGUUAGAGUCCCGCUCCUUGAAAGCAGCAGCUCUACCCUUUAGCGCAGUGCGGAUGUUGCCUGUAAUCCAUCGCUUCUGGUUGGGGUAUGUACGUACGGUCACUAUGGGGAUGACGUCAUUGAUGCACUUAUUGAUGAAGCCAGUGACUGAUGUGGUGUACUCCUCAAUGCUAUCUGAAGAAUCCCGGAACAUAUUCCAGUCUGUGCUAGCAAAACAGUCCUGUAGCUUAGCAUCUGCGUCAUCUGACCAAUCUUUUAUUAACAGAGUCACUGGUGCUUCCUGCUUUAGUUUUUGCUUAUAAGCAGGAAUCAGGAGGAUAGAGUUAUGGUCAGAUUUGCCAAAUGGAGGGCGAGGGAGAGCUUAAAUAUGAAUGACAGUCAUCCAAUAUGCUGUAAUAGAAAUAAGUAAAUAAAAUAAUCGUCCUCCCUCAUCUUAAAUGCCACAUUUUCCUAAUUGAAAAGCAUUGAAGAUAAUUGGAAUCGGAAUUUCAGUGUACUUCCUGAAUUGACUGGAAUUGCAAUGGAAUUGACCCCAACCCUGAUGGACUGAGAUCACCACUGAUCCAGAUCCUUCCUGUUCUGUCUGCUCUGUUCUGUCCUGGCUGCUAGCCUAAUGAGACAGUCUUUCUGACACAUUAUUGGAGUGGCUCUCCCCGGUUCGGAAAUUAUCAGAAAUCGAGCCAGCGCAAAUGUGUAGUGAGAGAGAUCAGUACAGUGGGAGUGGCAGAGACAGAGUUUUGUUGCUGAGAAUUUUCAGAUGAGCUUCUUGAUUUCCAUAAAUUCACUGAAAACCCACACUAACACAUGAUUAUAUUAACAGUAUUGCACUUUUCAUGUAUACUUUUGGCCAGCUAAUAGCCUAACCACCGAUCAAGCAACGUUAUGGACUAAACAUUCAAAUCCUGUUACUGCAGGAUUCUUUUGCUGUGACAAUGUAGGUCAAAUUAAGAUCCUACAUCUCUACAGGAACACUCAGAUGUUAUAAUGAAGUUAUCUUUUUUCUCUAUCCUCCUGUUUCCAUCAUCAUUUUAAUCCAUGUUUCCUGCUGGCAUUUGAAUGCGUUCCAUGUCGAGAUACUCUGGUGGCGUCCCUGUUACCUGCCAUCUCACUAUCUCUUCUCAACAAGAUGUGUUCUGGCUGACGAAGCAAGGCAAAUGUAAUCCCUGUUUCUGUCAUAUUCUCAGCCAGCCAGCAGUGCAUAAAAUGUACACCAAUACAGCCAAUUUAGUUGCCAGUCAACAGAGAGCUUAGGAACAGCGCACAGUUGUCUCACGCACUAUCUGAGUACUAGUACACAUACUUUAUGAAUACCAUUAUGGGCUCAGUCUGGUGUGGUAAUGGCUGAUUAUCAUCUCUCGUUAACUCUUCUAAGUUAGUGAGCCGUGUUCAGGGAAUCAACUUGUUUUUCUCAGUGCUUUGCAGAGCCGCAUACAAACACACCACAACAACCUACCCCAGCAAUAAACACUACCUCCUCUUUAUCCCUUCAUUCAUCCCUCCAUCCCACCCUCUCCUCUUCUCCUCCCCAUCCAUAACCACUAGAAUCACCCCCUCUCCAUCCCUCCAUCCCACCCUCUCCUCUUCUCCUCCCCAUCCAUAACCACUAGAAUCACCCCCUCUCCAUCCCUCCAUCCCACCCUCUCAUCUUCUCCUCCCCAUCCAUAACCACUAGAAUCACCCCCUCUCCAUCCCUCCAUCCCACCCUCUCCUCCCCAUCCAUAACCACUCUAAUCACCCCUCUCCAUCCCUCCAUCCAACACUCUCCUCUUCUCCUCCCCAUCCAUAACCACUAUAAUCACCCCUCUCCAUCCCUCCAUCCCACACUCUCCUCUUCUCCUCCCCAUCCAUAACCACUAUAAUCACCCCUCUCCAUAUCUCCAUCCCACCCUCUCCUCUUCUCCUCCCCAUCCAUAACCACUAGAAUCACCCCCUCUCCAUCCCUCCAUCCCACCCUCUCCUCUUCUCCUCCCCAUCCAUAACCACUAGAAUCACCCCCUCUCCAUCCCUCCAUCCCACCCUCUCCUCUUCUCCUCCCCAUCCAUAACCACUAGAAUCACCCCCUCUCCAUCCCUCCAUCCCACCCUCUCCUGUUCUCCUCCCCAUCCAUAACCACUCUAAUCACCCCUCUCCAUCCCUCCAUCCCACACUCUCCUCUUCUCCUCCCCAUCCAUAACCACCAGAAUCACCUCCUCUUUAUUCCUUCAUCCAUUCCUCCAUCCCACUCCCUCCUCCUCCACCUCGCCUCCUCCUUUGUUCAUGUUGCCGUUUCAUCUUGUGAGGAUUUGGCCAGAUCAAACUUAUUAUCCUCCUAACUGACUCACUACACCCACCUCCCCUCCUUAACCAAGAUGUGUGUGUGUGUGUGUGUGUGUGAGAGAGAGAGGGAGUGAGUGAGUGACAGUGUGAUCCACCUCAUGGUUAUGACCAGACAGUAGGCACUCUUUUGACCAACUCAUUUCUAAACCCUGCUGUGCUCUCCAUCUCUGUUCUUUCCUUUCAUUCUUUCUGCUCUGUUCCAUUCUGUUAUUUUAUUCUGACUGAAUAUCAUGCAAAAUGCUGUUUUCAUUUGAAUUCAAUUCAAUAUGGCUCUAUGCACACUUCUCAAGGACAGCUAAGAAGGCUUUGUCAGUAAAACCACUAGUUUCAUGUUAAUGUGUGUUUGUUCUGAGAGUAUUGACUUCAGAGAUCAUUUCUGUGCUGCCCUUAGAAGUUACUCUGCAUUUUCAGCAUUGAGUCUAAUCCCAUCCUCCUCUCUCUCUCUCUCUCUCUCUCUCUCUCUCUCUCUCUCUCUCUCUCGCUCUCGCUCUCGCUCUCGCUCUCUCGCUCUCUCGCUCUCUCGCUCUCUCGCUCUCUCGCUCUCUCGCUCUCUCUCUCUCAAUUUCUCUCUCUCUCUCUCAAUUUCUCUCUCUCUCUCUCUCCAUCGAUUUUUCUCCCUUCAACUUCCUACUUCCUCUCUUAUCUCUCUGUUGACACCUACCCUACACACACACACUCUCAGUGGAGGUUACUCAUAGUUUCCGUACUGUGUACACCUGCAAGACUGGCAGCAGCUGCCACAGAUUGGAUUUACAGGUGAGGAGGGACAGAGAAGAGAAAGAGAGAGACAGAGACAGCGUGAAAGAAAGAGAGCGGAGAGAGAAGCAAGCUGGUAGAGAGAAGAGGUGCAAUGUUACAGAUCUGAUUGACUCCCUCAAAUAUACAUUUCCUAUGAAGGAGCAGAUAUUUGAUUUAAUGUGUAUGGUGUGUGUGUGUAUGCUCAGAAUACUCAAUAGAGGGGUGUGUGUGUGUGUGCGCAGAGUCACUGUAGUGAUCUCAUGCCCCUCAACGCUGAAUGCUGCUGUGGUAAAAUACCUUUAAGUUGUUGUAUUUGUAAGCCAUACUGUAACAAACUAUCCAUGUCAUUCUAGGCCUUCCCUAUGGAUGCGUCCCACAUGGCACCUUAUUCCCUAUAGAGUACCACAGUAUGAGUCAUAAUACCCAUAAAACCUAGCGGUCAAACAGGGAAAUGGUUCCAAUCAUUUUUUCCACCAUUGAUUUUUCCCAUAGUGGAUUUUAGAAGUCACCUUGUCUGAGAGAGAUUUACAUGGUUAUCAAAAUGUCACGCCAGGGUAAGCCUACACAAAACACAGUCCUUAUUUUAAGUGUUUCUAAAAUCCCCUAUGGGAAAAAUUAAUGGUGGAAAAAUUAUUGGAACCAUUUCCCUGUUUGACUGCUAGGUUUUAUGGGUAUUAUGACACCUCUCACCCAUGUCCCUCAGAAAACAGCAAAUGAUUCAUGACUGUGAGGUUGAUUUGAGAAUAAAGUAGCUGAAAUUACAUUAGUUUGUCAUUAUUGAGUUUCCUCUUGGGGACAUAGUCUGUGUUGGGGUUGUGUUAUUAGUUUGGAUGUGAUCAGUAUGUCUGUCUGUGUCUGAUAUAGACUCUGAUAUCUACAUUUCCUGUUAACAUCACUGAGUCGUGUCUCUGUCUGUGCUGUAUUCUGCCUCUGUGGAGUUCUGUCUGUAUUCUCCUCUAGGGUCACUGAGAGUGUGCUAAUAACUCUGUAUCAGUAACUGUCUAGAGACUGUCUGUUGUCUGUGUAUCUGCUAUGGUCUACUUAUCUGUGUCUGUAACUGACCCUGUGUGUCUGUGUCUCUCUCUGUAGGAUCUGUCACUGUGAAGGAGAUGAUGACAGCCCGCUGAUAACACCGUGCCACUGUACAGGCAGCCUGCGCUUCGUCCACCAGGCGUGCCUGCAGCAGUGGAUCAAGUCCUCGGACACACGCUGCUGUGAACUCUGCAAGUACGAGUUCAUCAUGGAGACCAAGCUCAAACCCCUGCGCAAGGUGAGACUGAAGGUGUAUUUGUGUUUGUGUUUGUGUGUGUGUGUGUGUGCAUACUACACUCAUUCUAUUCUAGUUCUACAUUCCCAGAGAUGACUGUGACCAGAACAUGCAGAUGUGAAUCCCACUCGAAGACACUGACAAGACAGAAAGCUGUUUUAAUUAUCUAAUACUGAUAAGAGUAGCGUGACAUUGGGUUUUCGGCUUUGAAGAAGAUUUCAGAAGACAAUCUGGAGGUUGCAAUUGGAUUCGAAUGGUUUUGACAUGAUACAGUCUUAUUUAAGGCAUUUAUCAAUCUUUAACGCUUCCAGAUUCAAAAUUUUUAUUAAAAUGAUUAAAAUGAUUAAAAUGACAAAAACACUUAAAUAAAAGGCCAUUCUGUUAAUAGUCGUGUCCCCCUUCAGGCCAAAUCCUCAUUCCUCCUCCACAAAAAACUCUAAGAGGCAAUGUAACCCCUAAUAGUACAGCUAUAUCGUAAACAUGAAUCCAGAAUAGGAGAAAGAAGAAGAAAAAAGAAAAGGAAAAAGAAGCUCCUCAUCCCUCCAACCAUCAGCUCAUCCUCCUCACACCUCCACUCUCCUCCUCCUCCAUCCACCUCGUCCUCCUCGUCCUCCCUCCUGCUCCACCCUCCUCCUGCUCCACCCUCCUCCUCCUCCACCUCCCUCCUCCUCCACCCUCGUCCUCCUCGUCCUCUCUCCUCUCCAUCAGGAUGAAGUGUCUUUAUUAUCUGCCCUCUGUUCCUCUCCGUAAAUGUUGCAUUAUUCAGGAAGAACUAGCCACGGUGCCAGGGUAUUGGUUUAUAGGACUGGCAACGGGAUCAGUGGUGGCUCCUGAAAAAAUUCUCAGGAGGGGCAAUUUUUCUGAUGAUUUAGGUGACCUACACACAUUUUAAAAAAGAUAUGUCCAGCAACAACAUGAAGACAGGGGCAGCAUAUAAGUCAAUACCAGAAGCAUUUAUUGACUGAUCUGGGGAGAUGGAUUCCAGUUUCUGUGACAGAUUAUAAAUAAUCUCUGAUGCCUUUGUUAUAUUAGCUUUUGGUUGAAUGUACUGUCGUAGUAAAUAUAUAAUGUUAUAGCUUGGUCUGACUAAAAUCUUGUGCAUGACCCAUUUUGUGUUGGGCCUUUGUAUUCAAUACAAUGAACAAGAGUCCUAUCUUGUCAGCCUUGUCACCAGGUGGCUAAGGAUAACACCCACGCCAUAGGUCUCUCAGUUCUUCCAACUCACGAGUUCUUGCCCUGAGGACACACACACACACACCCACACACACACACACACACACACACACACACACACACACACACACAUCAUCACUGAUAAACACACACACACACACACACACACAUCAUCACUGAUAACAAACACACACACACACACACACACACACACUGAUAACAAACACACACACACACACACACAAAUCCUCUUCUCUUAGGCUGAACAUCUGAAGACAGAGAACCCGACUCAGAGCCAAUGCAACAGUGACACUAGCCUGGAGGUGACCUCGCCCAACUCAUCAGGACCAAUCAGAAGAUCAGAACUACUAGAUUUAACCUACUUCAUUUUAUUGUAUAAAAUGUCAGCACACAAUGUUUAGGGGCUCUUCUGAUAAACUCCCUACGAGUUUGACGAACGGGUCCGUGCACGCGAUUCCAGAUAUCUUUACCUCUGAAUAAACUGCCUUAUAUUAUACAAUUAUCCACCUUGUCCAAAAGUCUCUACUUGGUCUCCGUUCUCCAGUAAACUUGUUUUAUCAACAAUAGUAAGGUUCAAUGACACAGAAAGCAGUUCAAUGUCGGGGUACAGAGUCGCUCUCUUACCAGGAUCGCGGUCCGCUCUGACCAGGGUGAAGCCGGCCGGCUCCACCUCUCUGUCCGGGACUCUGUCAUCCAGCCAAGUCUCCCAGCUGUAUUGGGAUUCCGCUGCCAGCAGCGUUUUCAUUAUUUAGUCCGUUCGUAGCGGGUAUGUACACGAUCAACAAGAUCAGUCCAAAACCGAAGAUCAGUCCAAAGCAGAAUGUUUGCAGAAUGUUUGUAAACUAAGUCUACAAAUUAAAAACAUAAAAUAACGCCACACUGCAGGUCGCAACAUAGACGCUGCUAGCCGCCAUUGUCUUAGUUACGUUCAACGUUACGUCACGUAUGACGAAAGCGCGUAAGUGCAUGCCCACAGACACCCAUAGAGAAUGUAUUGAAAGCUUUGAAAUGUGAAAAAAAUAGAUUUUACAUGACAGGCUAUGAGAGACUUCUGGGCGAUUUUCAACCUGACUGAAAUCGCCCAAAAAACGGGCGGGGCCAUUUGAAGCACGACUUUAGCCUGAUUUGACAUUUAGUGGCUGGCAGAUCAGACGUGAACACUGAUAACUGCUGUUGCCGUGAUAUAAUUGAUUAGAAAAAAAAUCCCUUCCUUUUCCCGUUUGGCAGUGCGUCGCCCAUAUCGCCCUAUUGAACAAGCCGUCCCUGACUGGGAUCUAUAGUCAGUGAAGACUGAGAUCUAUACCUAGACUGAGAUCUAUACUGGGAUCUAUACCAGAGAAGGCCACUUUCCCUCCUAUUCUCUAAUUUGUCGUCUCCCUGUUCUAUAUUCUGUCAUCCCUCUCUUCUCUCAUCUCUCCCUUUUCUCCUUUUAUCGAAUCAAUGCCAGAAACCAAAGCUGAAAAAUAAAUUGUGGCCAUUGACCUUUCAUUUCAUGCUUGUCAUAAAGAAUUUCAAAGCAUGUCGACAUCUAUGAAGGUUAUUGAGAGAUUGCAUCUGAUAUUCAGAGGUAUAAUGUAGCAAAACCUUUUAUCAAUAUGUAUUUGACUGUGACCAUUGAUUUAAAUGGGUUUCAUGGAUCAAUAAAGAAACAGUCCAGUGUGUUGGAUCUAUAAGAGGUCUAACGAUGUGGUUGAGUAGUACUGGACAGCUGAUAAAUAGUUAACCACCAUCAGUGUGUAACUGAAUGAUCCACAUAACACUGACUGAAUGAUGGCCAUAAUAUAUUUAGCACUCAGUUUAAGCAGCUUCUGAAGAGGGCCAUGCGAGCACUUUCUGCCAGACUGCUCAUAGUCCAUUGAUGGUCAAUCGCCCAAACCCUGUCCGAGAGAACACAAUGGAGUCUUUAAGUGUGUGUGUGUGUGUGUAUCUGAUUUGACCUCUUUUGUUUUUUCUCUUUCCCUCCCUCCUCUAUUUCUCUCAGUGGGAGAAGCUCCAGAUGACGUCUAGUGAGAGGAGGAAGAUCAUGUGUUCUGUGACGUUCCAUGUCAUCGCCAUAACCUGCGUGGUGUGGUCCCUCUACGUGCUGAUCGACCGCACUGCAGAUGAGAUCAGAGCAGGUCACCACAGGCACCAAAACCACCACAACACCCCUCAGAAUGGACACUACACACGGCAUACCCUUCAAUACUUUCACUGCAUGGCAAAAACACCAUUACACCCCUCACUCAAUACAGUAAUAACAUGCCAAAAACACCACAACACAAUACAAAACUCUAGUACAGUACAACGUCACUCACACACACACACAUAUACACACUCUCUCUCUCUAGGUAGCCUAGCAGUUAAGAGAGUUGGGCCAGUAACUGAAAGGUCGCUGGUUCGAAUCCCAGAGCCGGCAAGGUGAAUUUUUUUUGCUGUUCUGCCCCUGAGCAAGGCAGUUAACCCCAACAACAACUGCUCCACGGGCGCGGAUGAUGUGGACGUCAAUUAAACCAGCCCCCCCACACCUCUCUGAUUCAGAGGGGUUGGGUUAAAUGCAGAAGACACAUUUCGGUUGAAUGCGUUCAGUUGUGCAACUGACUAGGUAUCACCUUUCCCUACUCUCGGGUCAGGCCCGUUCAUGCAGAUUGAAAUGUUGUGUUGAUCAUUGUAAAUAGUACAGUCAGUGUUUAUUUGAUAUUUAUUUGUAAUAAUGAGUCAAUACCCACUGUAUCUCUCUCUUUCUCUCUCUCUUAUUACAAGUAAUUUGGUAGCCAGCACUCUAAGCAUGGUGCAAGACAGUUAGGACUGUUUUUCUGGGUCUGUUAAAGAGCAAGUGAAGGCAUUAAACAACUUCUCCGGUAGAAAACGUUCUACAGUGAGGGAAAAAAGUAUUUGAUCCCCUGCUGAUUUUGUACGUUUGCCCACUGACAAAGACAUGAUCAGUCUAUAAUUUGAAUGGUAGGUUUAUUUGAACAGUGAGAGACAGAAUAACAACAAAGAAAUCCAGAAAAACGCAUGUCAAAAAUGUUAUACAUUGAUUUGCAUUUUAAUGAGGGAAAUAAGUAUUUGACCCCUCUGCAAAACAUGACUUAGUACUUGUUGGCAAAACCAACCCUUGUUGGCAAUCACAGAGGUCAGACGUUUCUUGUAGUUGGCCACCAGGUUUGCACACAUCCCAGGAGGGAUUUUGUUCCACUCCUCUUUGUAGAUCUUCUCCAAGUCAUUAAGGUUUUGAGGCUGACGGUUUGGCAACUCGAACCUUCAGCUCCCUCCACAGAUUUUCUAUGGGAUUAAGGUCUGGUGACUGGCUAGGCCACUCCAGGACCUUAAUGUGCUUCUUCUUGAGCCACUCCUUUGUUGCCUUGGCCAUGUGUUUUGGGUCAUUGUCAUGCUGGAAUACCCAUCCACGACCCAUUUUCAAUGCCCUGGCUGAGGGAAGGAGGUUCUCGCCCAAGAUUUUACGGUACAUGGCCCCGUCCAUCGUCCCUUUGAUGCGGUGAAGUUGUCCUGUCCCCUUAGCAGAAAAACACCCCCAAAGCAUAAUGUUUCCACCUCCAUGUUUGACAGUGGGGAUGGUGUUCUUGGGGUCAUAGGCAGCAUUCCUCCUCCUCCAAACACUUUCACCCAGUUCUCCUCUGAAUCAUUCAGAUGUUCAUUGGCAAACUUCAGACGGGCCUGUAUAUGUGCUUUCUUGAGCAGGGGGACCUUGCGGGUGCUGCAGGAUUUCAGUCCUUCACGGCGUAAUGUGUUACCAAUUGUUUUCUUGGUGACUAUGGUCCCAGCUGCCUUGAGAUCAUUGACAAGAUCCUCCCGUGUAGUUCUGUGUGGUCCUCUGUAGCUCAGCUGGUAGAGCACGGCGCUUGUAAUGCCAGGGUAGUGGGUUCGAUCCCCGGGACCACCCAUACACAAAAAUGUAUGCACGCAUGACUGUAAGUCGCUUUGGAUAAAAGCGUCUGCUAAAUGGCAUAUUAUUAUUAUUUAUUAUUCUGGGCUGAUUCCUCACCGUUCUCAUGAUCAUUGCAACUCCACGAGGUGAGAUCUUGCAUGGAGCCCCAGGCCGAGGGAGAUUGACAGAUCUUUUGUGUUUCUUCCAUUUGCGAAUAAUCACACCAACUGUUGUCACCUUCUCACCAAGCUGCUUGGCGAUGGUCUUGUAGCCCAUUCCAGCCUUGUGUAGGUCUACAAUCUUGUCCCUGACAUCCUUGGAGAGCUCUUUGGUCUUGGCCAUGGUGGAGAGUUUGGAAUCUGAUUGAUUGAUUGCUUCUGGGGACAGGUGUCUUUUAUACAGGUAACAAGCUGAGAUUAGGAGCACUCCUUUUAAGAGUGUGCUCCUAAUCUCAGCUCGUUACCUGUAUAAAAGACACCUGGGAGCCAGAAAUCUUUCUGAUUGAGAGGGGGUCAAAUACGUAUUUCCCUCAUUAAAAUGCAAAUCAAUUUAUAACAUUUUUGACAUGCGUUUUUCUGGAUUUUUUUGUUGUUAUUCUGUCUCUCACUGUUCAAAUAAACCUACCAUUAAAAUUUUGACUGAUCAUUUCUUUGUCAGUGGGCAAACAUACAAAAUCAGCAGGGGAUCAAAUACUUUUUUCCCUCACUGUAUGUGGCAUCGAUAUUCAUCAGAAACAUUUAUUCUAGUGUGAAAUUGACUACAAAGUGUAAAUAGGAUAAUUUUGGUCAUAAAGUCAGUCUCAUUCAAAACAGAGAUUUGCGAGAUAAAAUGGUAUGUCACGAAUGAAGGGUACCGUAAAACAGUUUUCCUUUGGUUGGGUUUAUUUCAAUCCUGCCCACAGCUGGCAGCACCCAAGUAAUCAUCAAUUCGGAGAGCAUCUGCAUGCGACCCGAUCGUAAUGCCUGACAUUUGAUAUCCCUAUGGGGAUAGUUAGGGAACAUCAGUAAAUUACACAAUGUACAUAUUUUAAAAUGUCAAUAGCUCCAAAUUUCAAGGACUUAAAAACCUCAAACCAACUCUAAAUUGUAGAAUUAAUAUACAAAUAUUGAAAGCAUCUAAUAAGACAACUAAAAGGAAUGCAACAUGAAAAUACUGUUCCAUUUACAUUGUGUCAUUUAUUGACGGUCCCUAACUAUCCCCAUAGAUAGGCUAUCCAAAGUCAAACCAGUUUUGCCACGGUCACACACCAGCCGGCUGAAACUAAUUGGCGAAAGAAGUUGGCUAGCUUGCUAGCUAGUCUUGGCUACUUCCAGACACAAGACCUGGUUAGACUGUUUCAAGUUAUCUAGAAGGGUGAGUGACUAACUGUGCACUGUUUUGGCAGUUAAAAGACAAACACUUCCCAUGCUCGAACACACACAAGAGACACCCACAUCAAAGCACGCCUCCAAAACCCAAAUCUCAUUCUGUCGCAUUUCCUAAUGAGGAGAAUUGAAACCAAGGCUAAAUCAGGAAGUUCAGCGUCCCUUUAAGCAGUUAUUGUACUGCUAGAGAGAGUGUGUGGGGUGUGGGGGGGACCACUCUCUUUUCACCAGUGUAAGUGAAUAAGGAGUAUAAGUGCAUGGUAAAUUGAGUUAUAAACUCUCUACCCUCUCUCUGUCUAUCUGUCUAUCACUGGUAAUACAUUGUAAUGGCAAUCUCUUCACCCAUGCAGCCGGAAGAAUCCCAGGUAAACCUUUCACCUUUGACCUUUAACAAUGUUUUAUGUAAUUUUAUGUGAGACUGGGCUUUGGUGUAGAGGGCUUUUUCUAAUUUAAUCUUUCCUUGAUUCCUGUCAUCUUCCCUCAUUGCACUCAAUCCAGCACUGACUUUGCUGAUAGCGACUUUAUUGAGGAAAAGUUGUACUUACUGUACUAUGACUGUGGUUGUCUUACCUAGCUACCUUAAGGUGAAUGCACAAACUGUAAGUUGCUCUGGAUAAGAGUGUCUACUAAAAUGUAAAAUGUUUUCAAAACGCAUUGGAGAAGGCAAGUGUGGAGGGACCUUCGACCUUCUUCUCCAAUCUGUUUGGGAAGGAGGUGAGGAGAUAGGACACAAGGAAUUGCAGAAAGACGAAUUGAGAUAGAGUCUAGUUCCUGUUCCUCCUUCCUACAUGACCCUCUCUCCUCCCCUUUCUUUACUCUCCUCUCCAUGUUAGAACUGAUCUAUUUAUUUCACCCUCCAUAAUCUCUUAUAGCAUCUGCAUCCUUGAUAAGCAUAUAUCUAUUUAUGUGACCGUUGGCAAUGUAUUUGACAUGUCUCACUCUUUCUCCCCCCCUCUUCUAACCCUAACCCCAGGUAUCCUGGAGUGGCCAUUCUGGACCAAGCUGGUGGUGGUAGCCAUCGGCUUCACGGGCGGCCUGGUCUUCAUGUACGUCCAGUGUAAAGUCUACAUCCAGCUGUGGCGGAGACUCAAGGCCUACAACCGGGUGAUCUAUGUCCAGAACCGCCCGGAGACGUGUAAAAAGCAGGUGUUCGAGAAGCUGCCCCUCAUGGAGCCCAGUUUGGAGCACAAGGAGGCUCUGGCCCCCACCCAGUCUGACACAAACUCCUCCCAGUACACAGAGGAUUACAGUAUGGAAGUGCUACAUGUCUGACCAACAUAUUACUGAUGUGCACACACCAUUUGACUGACAUAUACUGAUACACAGGCACACCGUGUCUGACCGACAUUUACACACGCACAGGGACACAUCAUGUCUGACCAACAUACACACACACACACACACA